GUCUGUCUCAGGAAAAUAUGUGUAACGUUAGCCUCCAGUCAAGAUUGCAAAAUCAUGGCAACAUUUAUGGAACGACUGGCAUUUCUUCAAAAACUGUCUAUUGCUAGUCUAUGCCUGAUGGUCUCCUCUCUCAGGUUCCUACUCUGAUGAAAGCCACUGCAGAUGACGAAUCGCCCUGCCCUGGUUAUCUCUUUGAAGAAAUCGGGAAAAUCUCCCAGGAAUCUUCUGGGUGGAGUCAGUGCCUGCUGGAGUACCUGUUGGAGAGGCUCCAGAUAGAAUCCUGCCGUGUCAAAAUAAAGGUUCUGAAGAUCUUUGUCCAUCUCUGCGGCCACGGGUCACCUCACUUUCUCACGGAACUCCGACGGAACUCUACUUUCAUCCAGCAGGCUUCUGUUUACAGUGGUCCUCCUGACCCUAUCCACGGCACUGCUCUGUACCAGAAAGUGAGGACCACGGCACAGGAGUUGGCCAGGUUACUUUUUACAGACACAGUCACUCCACAGAGCAGCACGUCUCCUUGCAAACUAGCCAUGCCCAACAUGGGUAUGGGGUCGGAGACUGCCCAUGGCUCCAGAAUGCAGGGCUUUGGAUAUAGCCCUGGGACAAGGGUGACAAGUGGUGAGACACUAAUGGAUAAGAUCCAGAAGGCUACUGAGUUUGUGGCCAGUGCCGUCCUGCCGCCAACGGAACACCAGGGUAUCCGUCUCCAUGACAACCACUACCGGGCAGCGGUUGUGCCUUCAGGGCCUAUAGAAGUGGCAGUGCCAGCAUGUGCCUACUCUGUCCCGUCUCACAGACCCAAAGUACCCCAGCGAUGUCCAGGGCAAGUGGGCGGGGGAUGGGAGGAGAUUGACAGUGCACAUAGCUCCUCCCACAACUCCUCUGAGGAAAACGCUGACCACAGCCAGGCGUCAGGAGGCCGGAGCAGCAAGUCGGGUGGCACUGAGAGCCAAUCGGGAGCCAGUAGGGAAAGCUCCGGGGACCUAUCAGAACGGGUGGAAGCCAUGCAGUUAGGGGACUGUGGCCAGGAGAUGGCACUGAUCAGCUGGUUGACUGAGGGCUCCAAGGUUUUUCUGUCCAGAGAGGAGAGCCAGCACUUCAUCAAGGAGUGUUCUACUCUAAACUGUGAGGUGGUCGUGGAGCUGCUGUCUCGCAAACUGCAGGACCCAUCGCAGACUGCCCAGAUGAGGGCGCUGUGUGCUGUAGCAUGUCUCAUGACUUCUGAUCUGCUGUCUCUGGAGCAAAUCUUCGGUUCGACACAAAGGAGGCUGGCCCAGUUGAGUGAGGGACCUCCAGGUCCUGUAACUAACAAGGCCACCAAGAUAGUUCGGCAGUUUAAGGCUCUGAUGGGAAGGCCAGUCAGUGGUGCCAGACGUGAUCCGGCGGCAGCCAAUGGUGUCCCUGCGUCGCCUUCGGGAAACUCCCCUACACCGCCAUGUCCCGCACUUCUACUGCCAACACGCCCAGGUGAUACCAUGGUCCUCAACCAUCACAUACCACCUGAGACUGAGCUCUCAGCUGAGGGGCAGGCUCACCCCACUCCCCUACCUGACCUGGGCUUGGCUCGAAGAGGUACAUCUGACAAGUUACCAAAUGAUGACCAUGAAGAUGAGAGAGGGUCUCCAAGUCAACAAGAAGAGCUUAUGGACAGUCAAACUCAGUUCAGGACCAGAGAGAUCCAGCUCACAUUAGAUCUUGUUAAAGACCCAGCGCUUCACACAGAGAGGGAAUCCCAGAUCGAGCCGCCUUGUGGGGGUACACUUUCUUUGUUCAGUGGCAUGGAGCUGGUGACCAGAGGGAGGUCUGUAUGCACGUCAACCCUAGAGAGGGACAGAGACCUGCAGCCUGAGGUGGAAAAGACAGACGAGAGGGAGCAUUUGGAGGCUAAACCAACAAACUCACCGCCACUCUGUCUUGGUGACAACGAUGCAUUGCACACCUACAACCUCACCAGCAGCCAAUCAGCAUCAGCUUUCUCUUUCCUCAACCUCUGACCCCUAACACAGAACAAUAGUAAUUUGUAUAGGGAUGUCACUGUUAUGAAACAAUGAAUACUGUUUGUCAGGGCUGCACAGCUCCUGGGCCAAGCUGUAUGCAGUGUUUGUUUGUUGAGUCUUUAUGUCCUUACUAACCCCCUGAGGUAAAACCUCUACAUGGUAUGCCUGGAGUAUGUUCACUUAGCAGAGUUGUGUUUUGCAAAAGUGAAGUAAUUUCCAUGAGCUAGUUCAGGUUGUUCAGAACAGUUGCUUUGAAUCAGGUCUUUCUACAUUUUAUCUGGUUUUGUUUUGGCACUACAAGGAUUUGAUAUUAAGGUGUCUUCCUCUCUGGCACUUAAAUGUAAAGAAUGUGUAUGA